CCCGAAUAACGCGAGAUGCGCAGCUAACACCCCAUGACUAGCAAGGAACGGGUUAAAAGGGGCGGGCACUCCCAGGACUGGUCCAUUCUGGGGGGAGGAAUCUACUGCAAAGGUCAGCCGAGCGCGCGGAAAAGUGGGUCGGCGUCCUCGGCUUUUGCUUUGCACUAAGGAAGUGCUUUUCACCCGACUUCUGCUUUCAAAAUGGCCUCUAAACGAGCCCUGGUGAUUCUUGCGAAAGGAGCCGAGGAGAUGGAGACGGUUAUCCCCACAGAUGUCAUGAGAAGGGCAGGCAUCAAGGUGACAGUAGCUGGCCUGGCUGGAAAAGAGCCCGUGCAGUGUAGCCGUGACGUCGUCAUUUGCCCUGAUAGGAGUUUAGAUGAGGCCCGGAAAGAGGGGCCUUAUGAUGUGGUGGUCUUGCCAGGAGGAAACUUGGGAGCUCAAAACCUGUCGGAGUCUCCUGUUGUGAAGGAUGUCUUGAAGGACCAGGAUGGCAGGAAAGGGCUGAUCGCAGCUAUCUGCGCAGGGCCCACUGCUCUGCUGGCACACGGCAUAGGAUUUGGAAGCAACGUGACAACACACCCUCUGGCCAAAGAGAAAAUGAUGAAUGGGGGUCACUACAAAUAUUCUGAGAAUCGUGUGGAAAAGGAUGGUCAUAUUCUCACCAGUCGGGGGCCGGGGACCAGUUUUGAGUUUGGCCUGGCUAUUGUGGAAAACCUACUGGGGAAGGAGGUGGCCGAGCAGGUGAAAGCUCCCCUGGUCCUGAAAGAUUAGAGAGCGAAACUCCGCGCCCGCUUAUUUUUGUGUUUCCCUUGUGGAGGUAAUGGGAGUUUGUUCACUCGGCUGUUGUGAAGCCACCGGUUGUGUUUUGCCCCAGAACCAAAAUAAACAGUUUGGGAUCAUAGCUGUCAUCUUAGAAUCCCUUAGCAAAUGCAGCAAUAAAAACAUCCUGAUCUGGGUAUCCCUCCUGUGGUGUCUGCCUUCCUGAGAUCACCAUAAAUAAAAGAAACAUUUGGUUGCA